ACGUUGUGAAUUUCCCGCAAAUUUUCAAGAGCUCUCAAGAAAGAUUCAAUGUGCAAUUAUUCAUUCUACUUAAAAUAAUAAGGAAUAAAUUAUCACAUUUUCCUCUAAUCCAAUAGUUAAUCCAUAGAAAUAAAAUUAAUAAAAUAAGUAGCACAAGAAAGAAAAAAAUGUUGAUCGACAUUAACGGAAUUCAAGUAAAUUUCCCAUUCGAGCCUUACACUUUACAAAGAGAUUAUAUGACCAAAGUAAUUGAAGCCUUAGAUAAUCAACAAAAUGCUGUGUUAGAAUCACCAACAGGAACUGGAAAAACUUUAUGUUUAUUGACAAGUACAAUAGCAUGGAUGUUGAAGAAGCGUGACGAUAUAUCCGGAAACUACAAACAGGAAUAUCAGAAACAAGUCCAAGCAGUUACUAACAAACUUGACAUCCCACAACAAUUACCAUCAAAUUUCGGACUUCCCAGUGAUGAAAGUGAUAUUUGGAAUGCAUUAAAUUCUGAUCAAAACAAAUGCAACAAUUGGAUGAGUAAAACUAAAAUUAUUUACACAUCUCGAACUCAUUCACAAUUAGCCCAGGCUAUGAAAGAACUGAAAAUGACAGAAUACAAUCAUGUGAAAGGAGUAGCUUUAGGAUCUCGUGAUCAACUCUGUAUAAAUGAAGAUGUUUUGAAAGAAGCAUCAACAAGUGCUGAGAAAAUUCAUUUAUGUAGAGCGAAAGUCAAAGCGAAGCAAUGUGUGUACCACUCUAGAGUUGAAAAGACGCUUGAAAGUCACGAAGUAAAGAACGAGGCAAUCAUGGACAUUGAAGAUCUUGUUAAAGUCGGAAAAGGAUGCAAAGCGUGUCCUUAUUACCUAUCCAAGCAACUUAGCAAUGACGCUGACAUUGUUUUCCUUCCUUAUAAUUACGUUUUAGAUCCAAAAUUCUUAAAAAAUUCAAAACUUACUUUAGAAAAGUCGGUUGUGAUCCUUGAUGAAGCUCAUAAUGUUGAGAAAGUUUGUCAAGAUGCUGCAAGUGCACAAAUUGCUUCUUCAGACAUUGCAACAUGUGCUGAAGAUCUCACUGCAAUUAUGAAGCAAUUACAGAAGAAUGAAGACGCUGGAUUAAGUUUCAUGGAAGACGAUGAAGAGUCUCACGACUUUACAGUCGAAGAUUGUGCUAAAUUGAAGGAAAUGGUGUUGGCAUUAGAACAGCAAAUCGAUGAAAUUCCACAAGUCACAACAAAAGGACGAACUUUUCCUGGCGGAAAGAUUUUUGAAAUCCUCAUAAACGCACAAAUCACUCAAGAAACUUUCAAUUCAGUUCUCGCUCUUAUUGGAAGUCUUCUUGAAUUUCUUACAAAAGCAGGAGCAGGAAAAAUAUUCGCUCGAAAAGGGUACGGAUUAGUGAAACUUGAAGAGUUGUUAAAUACAGUUUACGGUUCAAUGACACAAGAUUUAAAGGGUUGGAAAGAAACGACAGAGAAAGGCUAUCGACUUCAUGUUGAACUUGAAGAACCAAAGAAGAAGAAAAACUUCGCCAACAGUUCGACAAGUGACGGUUGGUUGUCAACUAAAACAAUUCAAUCGACUUUGAAUAACAACGCCAAAGUGUUGAAUUAUUGGUGCUUUAAUCCUGGGUUUGGAAUGUCAAAUCUUCUCAAUAGAAAUGUUCACAGCAUCAUUUUAACAAGUGGAACGUUAGCGCCCUUAAAACCUCUCGUCAGUGAACUUGCAUUGCCGGUUAAGUGCCAACUUGAGAAUCCUCACAUCAUUAAACCAAAUCAAAUUCUCGCUCGGAUCAUUUCACAAGGACCUGACGGAAAUAUUCUCAAUGCGAACUUCCAGAAUCGUGACAAUCCUAAAUACAUUCAUUCGUUGGGUUUGACAAUCAAGACAAUUGCACAAUUCACGCCGAAUGGUCUUCUCGUCUUCUUUCCUUCAUACACAUUGAUGAACAAAACUCAAGAAGUUUGGAAUGAGACGAGAAUGUGGCAAGCCAUAAAUGAUGUCAAACCGAUUUUCACUGAGCCAAGGAAAAAGGAAGAAUUUGAUGAGUGCAUGGCUGAAUAUUACAACGCUGUGAAAGUAUCGAAGGGCGCAAUUUUCAUGGCAGUAUUGAGAGGGAAAGUGUCGGAAGGUUUGGAUUUCAAAGAUCAAAAUGGACGAGCUGUGAUAAUUAUUGGACUGCCUUUUGCACCUUACAUGGACCCACGAGUUGUUCUUAAGAAGGAAUAUCUUCAAAUCAAUCGAAAUCAAGUUAAUCAACUGCAAGAUCCACAAAGUUGGUACAAUAUGGACGCAACUCGUGCUGUUAAUCAAGCAAUUGGUCGAGUUAUUCGACAUAAAGAUGAUUAUGGAGCGAUUUUCUUAUGUGAUCAAAGAUUUAAUACUUACAAGAAUGGAUUAUCACGAUGGGUUCAAGAGCAUCUUAAGCAACCACAACAAAAGUUUUCCUUCGGCCCGAUAAUCAAAGAAAUUGUGAAAUUCUUCCGUAAUGCCGGCGAUUCACUUCCAAAGCCAAACGAAACCUUCAAAACUGAUCAAUGGCAAUUGAAAACGAUAAAAAUUGAAGAUCAGAAGUCAAAAGAAAAAUUAAACAACAUUUUAAAACGACAAAUAAAAAUUGAAAAUUCUAAUGAAAUGUAUGGAAGCGGCAGCAACAAUUCUAAUCAAAGUUCAAUUGAUUAUGAGGCAAUGAAAAGUUUCAUAAAAAAAGAAGAAAAACCGAAGAAUUUCUUCAGUGGACUUAGUAAAGACGUUUCAACAAUUGACUUUAACAACACUGGCGUUGUCGCAAGUUCUUCUCAAAACUUACUUAAAACAUCACCACAAUCAGUUGAAGAAAAUGCGAGUAAGCGACGUAAAUUUGUGAUUGUUCCCAACAAUAAAACUUCACUAGUUGGCUCUGUGAUGAUCAAUGAACCAGUGACAGUUCGUAAGGAAAUUUAUGAGCAAGAAGUUCCCGUUGAUCGAAGCGACUUCUUAAAUUCUAUGAAAAGAGCAUUUUUACCCGCACAAUAUAAACUUCUUCUGGAGAAAGUCUCAAACUACACCGACAAGAAGAACUUUGAAGAAUUCUGGAACGACGUUAUGCCAAUAUUUAAACAACAUGUUGACCACAUUUGCAUCCUUCGUGGGCUUCGACGCUUCUUAAUUCCAAAUCAUAAAAUUUUAUUUGAUAGUCAAAUGAGUAAACAUUUCAUUGUUGUUUAG